UUCAGAUCAUCAUUAUAUUGAUUUUAUUUAUGAAUUUUGGUGCUCAAGCUAAAAAUGAUAAAGAAAUUAGCGAACAUGAGCCUGAGAAUAAAUCUGACGCCUAUAGUGACGCCGGUAGUAAUAUUACAAAAAUUUUGAAUGCCUUUUUCGAUAGUGGCUAUGAUAAACGUGUACGGCCCGAAUAUGGAGGUCCACCCGUACAAGUUGGUGUAUCGAUGCACAUUAUUGGCAUUAGUUCAGUUUCUGAAGUACAGAUGGAUUUUACAUCUGAUUUCUAUUUUCGUCAAUUGUGGAAAGAUAAUCGAUUAGCAUUUACGCCUGUUGGCGAAAUCGAUAAAUUGGUUGUCGGUGCUGAAGUUGCCCAAAAAAUAUGGGUACCUGAUACAUUUUUUGCCAAUGAAAAAGUGGCCUCAUUCCAUAGUGCUACAACGCCUAAUACAUUCUUACGUAUAUCGUCCAGUGGUGAAGUCUAUAGAAGUAUUCGAUUAACUGUGACGGCUAGCUGUCCAAUGAAUCUACAAUAUUUUCCAAUGGAUAGUCAACUAUGUACAAUUGAAAUUGAAAGCUAUGGCUAUUCGAUGGCUGAUAUUGUUUAUAUAUGGUCAAAAGGAAAAGAAUCGAUCGGUAUGUCGAAAGGAUUAGAAUUACCUCAAUUCAAAGUAGUCGGCUAUAGACAAUCAAUGAAAAUUGAAACAUUGAGCACAGGAAACUAUUCUCGUUUAGUUUGUGAAAUUCAAUUCGAACGAUCAAUGGGUUACUACCUCAUUCAAAUAUACAUUCCGGCCUCGUUGAUUGUAAUUAUAUCUUGGGUUUCAUUUUGGUUACAUCGUAAUGCAACACCAGCAAGAGUAGCAUUGGGUGUUACCACUGUGCUCACUAUGACAACUCUGAUGUCCUCGACAAAUGCAGCACUGCCUAAAAUCUCCUAUAUUAAGUCGAUCGAUGUCUUCCUUGGUACUUGUUUCGUAAUGGUUUUUGCCUCAUUACUAGAAUACGCCACUGUUGGUUACCUUGGUAAACGUAUUGCAAUGCGUAAAACUCGUUCACAACAAUUAGCUAAACUUGCUCAAGAACACCGUAAUAGAUGUGCAGCAGCAGCAGCUGCUGCUGCGGCAGCUGCUACUGGUACUAAUACACGAAGCGGUAGCAUAAAUCUCAAUAUGUCUGGUCCUGGUGCCAGUGUCAUGUCUAAUCAAAUGAAUGUAUCCGGCCAAAGCCACAUAGAUGAUGAUGGCAAUGAACCAAACGAACUAACCAUACCACCACCAAUGCCUAUGCAAACAGGACACGGAAUGUUAUGUCAACCUGAUCUAAAUUCAACAUUACAUCGAUCAGUGAAGCCAAUACCGAUACAUCAAACAUUAGAUAGAUUAGAUCGUUAUGCAACGAUUGGUACGCCUCGUAUUGUACAUCAUCCAUCCAUGAAUUGUCCACCGUCAUGUCCACAAGCAUAUGGACGCCAAGAUAUUCGUUUAAAUCGAGCGACACCCAUUUUAUCUGGACCAGAAUGUGCCGCAAGAAAAAGUUUUUCAGCCAAAUCAUCAUAUUCUGCUCAUCUUCCUCCCGAUAGUCCAAUCAAUGGAACGCCAAGUUUAACAAUAUCGGCACCAUGUACAGCAAUGGUGCCACCACCGCCUCCAAUUCCUGCCGCCUCAACUGGAUUAUUAGGUCCACAUUGUAGCCAAACAAGCUCAUCAUCGCCAAUUAACUUACAUAAACGACAUCAACAUACAAAUGAAUCAACAAUGGGUCCAGAAGGUGAUAAUGCAAGUAUGAGUGGUCAACAACAAACCGGUGGACAACAUUUUGGGCCAAAAAAUCCAAAUAAAUUAUUUGGUGUUAGCCCAAGUGAUAUUGAUAAAUACUCAAGAGUAGUGUUUCCUGUUUGUUUUGUCUGUUUCAAUUUAAUGUAUUGGGUCAUUUAUUUACACAUCUCAAGCCAAAUGAUUGAAGAUUUAAUACCUGCAAAUUAAUCAUUAUUAUCAUGAUUCUUUAUAAUAUAUAUAAAAUACAGUAUUACAAUAAGCACGAAUAUUCCAAUACUACACACACACAUACACACUCCAUAAUAGAUCACUUGUAAUAUAGAAAAAAAAAUCUGCCCACCAAAAAAAAAAAAAAAAAAAACAACAACGAAAACAAAUUAUUCUUUUUAUUUGGUCAACCGUUCCAAAAAGCCAAUCAAAACCAACAACAGUAUCUAGUCUAAUUCUGCUUUUUCUAUUAUACAAAAAAAAGAAAUAGUAACGUAAUGUGAUACAUUUAUGUUUCUCAUCAUUUUUUUUCAUCUUCUGUUGUUGUUAAUUUUACUUUUAUUCAUUUCCGUUUCUUAUUUAAGUUAUUGUUAAUGAUGUUGUUCUUGUUUUAUCGCCCACACACACACACACAAAUUAGGAUUUUUUUCCAAUUCAACCGAUCGAAAUCAAUUAGAUUUUGAGGAACAAAUAAAAAAAAAAUUUGAAACUAAA